AUGGCUUUAACAUCAGAACCUGCAUCAGCCGAAAUUCCAGCUGCCGGAGGAAAAUCCGUCCACAAAUUAACCAAUGGAGGUGCCGGUCGUAUUGCUUUCAAAAUCAAAUCUUCAAAUAAUAAUGAACUUCGUCUUAAACCAGUCUUUGGUUUUGUUGAACCAGGUGCAUCUGCUGAUGUUGAAAUUACCAGACUUGCUGGUGCCCCAAAAGACGACAAAAUCGUUAUCCACUUCGCUGAAGUACAACCAGAUUGUGCCAAGCCAGAAGACGCAUUCGCAGGAGGUGCUACUGGAUCAGGAAAUUUGACAAUUCCAGUUUCUGCAAAAUAA